AUGCUGGGCUCGCGUGUUAAGAGUAUUUGGCAGACGCGCAUCGGCCGCUCCAGGAGCCGUGAGAACGCCUCCGCCCAGGACGAAACUGAGGGCCAAGACGCGAGCACGCCUAAAGAACCGGAGCAGGACCACCGCGUCUCGGUCAUUGACAGCACGGUUGCGGCGACGCCUCACACGCCCGCUCUCGACGCAGACUUCUACAAGUACUCGAUGGACGACUCCGUCUACGUGUCCAAGGCCAUGCCCCUCGACGACGUGACUCCGGUCUCCCCCUCGACGUCUUCGACCACCUCGGGAUCGACGAACGAGUCGCCGUUGUCGACGGCCGAGAAGCUGCCGGAGAAGCCCUCGGCGAAUCCAGUGACGUCCAUGUUCAGGACCUUUUCGGAGACUCGCAUGUUCCCCAGCAUUAUUAACAAGAGCAAGCCCCCUCCGGUUCCAGCUCCAGCCCCGGCGUCUGACGAUGACGAUCAACCGACGUCUUCGUCAGCUUCGACCACGCGGUUCUCGUUCGCUCCGCCGAUUCCGACCCCGUGGCGAACCUCCCGCUCGUCGUCGGACUGUGCCCCGAACACCUCGUCUUCGUCGUCUUCGACGUCGACGUUCUCGUUCUCCUCAACCUCAGCGCUGCCCCCUCGGAAGGCGGCAUUGAACGCUCUCAACAACAUGCACAACGUGAACGCGCGGUGCCGAACAGCGUUGUCCAGCUCCAUCUCUCGUGGGAGUCCGUACGGCGAACUGGUUGUCGUCGACAUCUUGGAAGCGCGUGGACUUGCAGCCGACCGAGAUGAAAGUGGCGUUGAUCUUCCAUUCACCGCCUCAGUGCAGCUCGGCGAUAUGAAGCGCACGUCGAAGCCUGCCGUCCGUGAGAACCUUGCGGUGAACGAACGGUUCGUGUUCUGGUUGCCGUCGUCGCCCACCAUCGGCCAGCGCACACUCGACGUCUUCGUUCGUGGCGGUGACGACCGUGACCUGGGCGAGGUGCACUUGAGUCUGUCGAUGCCUGUGAACGAAACGUUUGCCGACUGGUUCCCGCUCGUGUCAAGAGUGGACGGGCUUAAGCACGGCUCGGUGCGAGUCGCGAUGCGUCGCCUGGUGCUCACGUCGUCGCCCAUGGUGGAGGCUGCUCAGUCGCUGGGAGAGCGAGACUCCUGCCUCAACUUCAGCGACAGCACGCGCUACGGCGAGCUCUUGCCUGAGCUCUGGAGCUGCUUCCCCGGCUCGGAACCGGAAGUAACUGCGUCGAGUCCCCCGAAGGAGGGCAGCAAGCUCGGCCGACUCAUCGGCAUCCAGCAGCAACUCCACCGUGACGUCUUUUAA